GGGACCAGCGAGUGGGGAACCUGAUUACAAGGCCAUUACAUUUAACGCUGCUUUUUCAUCCUAGACAGUAAGGGGAUUCAGUUCGACUUCGUUCGACUCCAGUAGUGCCCCAUAAAGCCACACGAUUCAAGUUUUAUUGGAAAAUAGUUGUCCAUUUUUUUUUUUUUUUUUGAAAAUUCAUUUUCUUUUACAGUAAAAACGCCUUUUAUCCCCUUUUUUUCGAAAAAAUAAUUUUUAAAUUAACUCGGUAUAAUUUGUUCAAUGUGCUUUGUUCUAUCAUUCAUUAUUUAUUUCUUCAAGUUAAGGAAUUAAUUUAUUUUGAGUCCUCAAACUAGUCUUGGGAUUUAAAAGAAUAGUAUUUUUUGAAACGGAAUUUAUCAUUAUUCUAAGCACGAGAAUUGGCGGCGAGGGACGAUUUUGAAAUGAAGGCAGAACAACAGAAUAGAAAAGCACCACCGGGUUCCUUGACCCUUGGCGUUUCUUUUCUAACACAUUUACUAUUAAUUCUACCAAUUCUCUAUAUAUUGGUUGUCGCAUUUCAUCGGCCCGAACAAUUAUUCACAUGGCAUCCAAUUUGUAUGUCACUCGGGGCACUAAUGAUAAUCGAGGGAGUCUUCAGUAUAUCCGGCGAAGCACUACUCUCCCACAAAUUAUCACGUGCAAAUCGAAUAACAAUCCACUGGAUAAUGCUCACAACUGGACUUUGUCUAAUUCUCUCCGGUCUGAUUAUUGCAAUCGUCAACAAAGAUAAUCUAAACAAGGAACAUUUUGUCUCGUUCCAUGCAAUUUUGGGUCUAACGACAAUUGUCCUCGCAUUUUUGGUGGCCACAUUUGGAAUUAUUGCCAAUAAUACAAGAUGGCUUUAUCCACGUAUUCGACCAGUGCUAAUCAAGGUUCUCCACGCAUUCGGCGGUAUUACAAUGACUAUUCUGUUUAUUGCCAGUGUAAUUGCCGGCUCUUAUACACAUUGGCUGGAACAUCAGAAUGUUGGUGAUCAUGAUGUGGGGAAAAAACUCGUUUUUGCCUCACUAUUUAUCGCUGGUGUUUUGGUUCUUUUUAAACCAAUUUUGGGUGCAGUCUCAAGGACAAGGGUUCUUAUUAAAACACCACAGCAACCAAGUAAUACGUGACCUUGUUAAUUGUUAAAGGUCACGUGAGUUUUUUUGUCCAAAGAAAUUUUUUAUUCCCCCGAUGAGAAAGUUUCGGUGAGAUUUUUAUUUUUUAAAUCUAAUUUUCGACUUUUUAGAGACGAAAAUAAAAAGCUUACUUUCCAUUAGUGGCGGUUAGGUUGAAAACAGUGCGCGCGCAUCGUGUCAGUAGUGGGGGGAGUAUGCGUUAUGAUUGGUGCGCUCUCACGCAAUGCUUCUCAACCUAGACCCUUGUUUUGAAAUUAUUUUAACAUUAAUAUUGGAAAGAAUCUAAAAUUUAUUCUUGAACAAUUUAAAUUCUUUUUUGACGUGUAUAAAUACAAAAUACCAGAACAAAAAAAAUAAAAAACGAAAUAUUUCUAUCGGGAACUUUCAUCAACUCUUUUUCAAUGUAUACAGAGUCUCAAACUGUGUAACGCCCUCACUUGAAAUCGAGACACGUAUCUAUUUUCGUACAUUAUUUUACGAGUGCGGCACGUAUCAGCAAUCAUGUAUUUAAACAAAACAAGGAAAAUUUUCAGUGCUAAUAAUUUCGUGGAACAAAAUUCCAAGUUUUAUGAUUGAUAGUACGAGGAAACGAUUUUAUUGCUCUAAAAUAAUAAAUCUGGAAUAUUUUUACAUUUUCACUAAAUUUGUUACCAAAACAGAAAUUUUUUUUUUAUUUAUUCUUACAACAACAAAAUCCGUCCUUAUUGACUCAAUUAACCAAAGAAGAAAUUAUUUAUUUUACUACAUUUCUUAUAUAUUUUAAUAUUAAUAAUUAUAAAUAAUUCAAGUGACGCCGUUACAUUAAAGAGAAUAUUUCACUGCGUCUAUUUUAUAUCUAUAUUAUUUGUUAAGAAAAUAUUUUUGUAAUAUUAAUUUUUUAAAAUAACAUUUUAGAUUUUAUUAAAAGGACUUUCAUUAUUUGAAUUUAUCAAAAAGAUUUCUCUUUGUGCAUCGUUUACACUUUAGUAUGGUAAAUUUUUUUAUACAUUAAAAUUAGAAAUUUUUCCUCUCUCUCAAUUUUGAAGAAACUGUUUUCUACUUUUCUGUAUGGUAAACUUUAAUAAAAAUUAACUGCCUUAAAAUUUUAAGAAAUAUAUGGUAAAUUUUACUAGACUACAAUAUAUUUUUUAGACAGUAUGUUGAAAUUUACCAUACUACCUUUUAAAUGUUUACAACCAUUUGCUAAGUUCUACUCUACUGCCUUGUAAUUCUAGCGAAUGCAUUUUAAUUUUUACUAUACUUCACUUUAAUUAAAGAAAACAUUAUUUUAAAUUUUACCAUACUACACUGUAAUUUUUAAAACUUGAAAACAGUAUGAUAAAUUUUACUAUACUAUAGAGUACAUUUUAAAACAGUAUGGUAAAUUUUACUAUAGUGUAUUUUACUGCAGUGUAUUUUUCACAACAAUAUGCUAACUUUUACUAUAUUCCAGUGGAAUAGUAAAAACAGUAUGACAAGCUUUACUAUACAACAGUGUAAAGUUUAAACAGUAUGAUAAUUUUUACUAUACUGCAGGGUAAUUGUUAAAAAUUGCAUGUUAAACAUGACAAUACUACAGUGAAAUUUUUAAACCGUAUGAUAAAUUUUACAAUACUAGAGUUUAAUUUUUAAAACAGUAUGGCAAAUUUUACCACACUGUAGCGUAAUUUCUAAAGCAGUAUAAUUUUAUAAUUAUGCAGUUUUUUCGAUAGUAAAUUUUAUCUUUCAAAUAAAAAAAUGUUAUCUUUUCAGUAUGGAGAGUAAAAUUUACCAUACUGUAUUUUGUUAGGAUCGUAAAAAAUUUGUUUAGAGAAACUUUGAAAUUAAACUUCCAACGUUCAAAAAGUCCUAAAAUUGUUAAAUCUGGAAAAAAGAGGAUUAUUGAAAUAAAUUACUGAUAAUGUACGACGUUAAGCGGAAAGUUUAGCAAAAAACAAAAAAACACGAAAGUCUGAUUUUUAUAAACCGUAUAAGCAUACAAAGUUGUAUUUUGUAAGCUCAUGCAUUUUUUUUUCUACCAAUGGAUACUUAAAAACUGAGUUUACUUUAAAAUUACUUUAGACACAGUUUUAAAGUAAUGUCUAUAGAUAAUUUUUUUUAUCUAAACUAUUAUAUACAAUUUUUUGAUACAGUGGUUUUUUAUUUUAAUUCCAUUUUCUAUUGUUUCUGGAAUUCUUUUUUUUUAUUUUUGUUUUAUUUUUAUUAAUUCUGGUUUAAAUUUUUUUAUUUUUUAAAAAGAAUUUAUUGAAUUUUAUUUUUUAUAUUAUUUAUUUUAUUUUUAUAUAUGGGACACGCACUCAUUAGAAAUGGUACCUAAGAAGCAAACGAAUUAUAGGUUAUGUUUGUGUUAGAUUUCUCUGGAUUAAAAGUUUAUUUUUUAAUACUGUAAAUUUGAAACGAGUUUUAAUGGAAUAUUUCUGAUGCAAUGAAGAUUUGAACAUACAAAAUUUUAAGUACUAAUUGAUUCUCUUUUUGUAUUUUAACUCCAAACAUUAUAAACACAACCUAAAACUUUUUGCUUCUUCUUCUUUUGAAGCGCCUCAUAUAUUUUUGUCUUGAUUUCUAUUAUUUUUAGUUUAUUUUUAUUAUUUUUUUAUUUUAUUUUUAUUAUUUUUUAUUUUAACUAUUUAUUGUUUUUUCAAUUUAUUUUUAUUUUACUUGUUCAAAAAAAUAUUUAAAAAAAAAUUUUUUUUUUAAUUUUUAUUUAUUUUUUUAAAUAUAUAUAUAUAUAAGAAAAAUGUGCAACUUAUCGUCAACCAUAUAUCAACACUUUAUUAUAAUUACACACGCAUCGUAUACAUAUACACAGAAUAUAAUGUAUAUAUAUAAUAUCUCUUUCGUAAUACAAUGUACAUGUAUAAUAAUACAACUUUUUUUUUUAUUUUGCAAUACCUUAUUAAAUACCACAUCUGCUUAUGUAUAGACGCUCGUUUUUCAA